UCAGUGCAGAACAGAACAUCAAGCUUUGAACAACUGUGAUGAUAUUUAUUUAUUUUCGGGAUUGAUAGUGAUUGAAAAAGUGAAACAAAACGAUCGAACAGAAGUUACGAACUGUGGGGAUUGUUUUCGAGAAAGUGAAGUUAAUUAAAAACAACUGAAAAUGAAUUGUGCAUUGAAGAUAUUCUCCUUCCUGGCCCUCGUCACGCUGGCAGCCAGCUUUCCAGCGUCCAUCUCCAGCCAGCAGAACAACGGCGAACACGAUCUAACGAGUUUAACACGAGUGCAACAAUCGUCGGCACCGGGCACACUUCCUGUUGCCGAAAAGGAAGCUCCAGUACGCUCUAAACGUGCCAUCAUCUUCCGACCGCUGUUCGUGUACCGCCAGCAGGAAAUCAAGAAGCAACGACUAAAGGAAGAGCGCCAACAGAAAGCCCAAGCGACGGCUCAGCCAGUUCCGGCGGGUUCCAACUACGCACCCAAUUACUACUACAAGAAGAACUGCAACUGCUAGUCGCAAACAAACGCUUUAGUUCAAGUGGAAGUAAUAGGAAGGAAAACAGGGAAAAACGUCCGGGAUCAGCGCUCAAGAAAUCGACUUGAGGUGUCCGCGUCCAUUAACAUGAUCAUUAACACGAGGCUGCUAAAAAAAUCGAGGGAAGAACAGCGCCAUAACAGUAGUAUUUUUUAACACUUGUUUUUGGCUGGAAUCAAAUUAGAGCUCGAAGCACACAAAAAUCGACAAGCGAUGUGAUAAAAAAAUGUUUGACAUUGACA